GUUGAAGAUAAAAGAUCUCCAUUACCUUGCCGGCUUGCCGUUGUCUCUUCGCAACUCCGAUUUCUCCUUUCAAAUUCAGCCCCGUCCAAUAUGUAAACGAAAUCAAGCUUCAAACAAAGUUUCUUCUUCUGAAAUUUACAAAAAUUCUUUCGGUUGCCUAAAGAAGAAAGCAAGCAAAUCGAAAUAUCUUCUAAAUUUUUUUCUUCAAUAUGCCCUUUUUUGGAUUCCCAGAUUGGGUUUUUUUCUUUGGUGUUAGGGCUUCUCUGCCUUUUUUUUUUAAUUUUGAUGAAUUUUCAUUGAUGAUGAAAUAAUCAAUGUUCUAGGUUACAAGAAGAGAUAGCGAAGGAGGCGAUAAAGCAUGCGUUGGAGGCGUUGCGGAAGAGGCAUUUGGUCGAAGAAGGUGCUCAUGCGCCGGCAAUUAUUGCUCUUUCGAGACCUAUCAUAUCUCAGGGCUCUGAAUGGAAGGAGAAAGCAGAAAAUCUGGAACUGGAACUUCAGCAGUGUUAUAAAGCACAGUCUAGAUUAUCUGACCAACUAGUGGUGGAAGUAGCUGAGUCCAGAGCCUUAAAGUCUUCACUGCAGGAGAAAGAAGCAGUGAUUAUUGAUCUGGAAAAUGAACUAAGGAUGAAUACUCUCAGUUAAUGACAGAUUUACAAGAAAAGACUAACGCUCUAGAAUUGAUCAUUUCUGAGAACACAGAGCUUAAAGCUCAACUAGAGGAGACGACCAUUAAAGCUAAAAAUGCAGAGGCUGAAAAUAAGAUGUUAAUUGAUCGCUGGAUGCUGGAAAAGAUGAAGGAUGCUGAAAAACUUAAUGAGGCAAAUGCACUUUACGAAGAAAUGAUCGAGCGGCUCAAGGCCAGUGGUGUAGAACAGUUUGCACGACUGCAAGUAGAUGGUAUUGUUCGAAGAAGUGAAGAAGGUGCUGAGUUCUUUGCAGAAUCAACCAUUUCCACUGUCUGUAAGCAUAGGAUCCAUGCCCAUGAAGGUGGUUGUGCUUCUAUAUUGUUUGAGUACAAUUCUGGCAAGUUGAUCAGUGGAGGACAGGACCGAUCAAUUAAAUUGUGGGACACAAAUACUGGAUUAUUAAGUCGUACUCUUUAUGGUUGCCUUGGUUCUGUUCUUGAUCUUGCUAUCACACAUGAUAAUAGAUCUGUCAUAGCAGCAAGCAGCUCAAACAACUUGUUUGUAUGGGAUGUUAGCUCGGGACGAGUUCGUCAUACUCUCACUGGUCACACAGAUAAGGUUUGUGCUGUAGAUGUGAGCAAAAUUUCAAGCCGUCAUGUUGUAAGUGCAGCUUAUGAUCGUACUAUAAAAGUGUGGGAUUUGCAGAAGGGUUACUGCAUUAACACAAUAAUUUUUCAUAGCAAUUGCAAUGCUCUUUGCUUCAGCAUGGAUGGACUGACCAUAUGUUCUGGUCAUAUUGAUGGGAACCUUCGUUUAUGGGAUAUUCAGACUGGAAAGCUAAUUAGCGAAGUUGCUGCACAUUCACAAGCUGUUACAUCUAUCUCUUUAUCUCGAAAUGGUAAUGUUGUGUUGACUAGUGGGAGAGACAAUUUGCACAAUUUAUUUGAUAUGCGAUCUUUGGAAGUUUGUGGCACAUUAAGAGCUACAGGAAAUAGAGUGGCAUCAAAUUGGAGCAGAUCCUGUAUCAGUGCAGAUGACAACUAUGUUGCUGCUGGCUCUGCUGAUGGUUCUGUGUAUAUUUGGUCAAUAUCUAAAGUUGAUAUAGUAAGCACUCUGAAGGAGCAUGCUGCUCCUGUCCUGUGCUGUACAUGGAGUGGACUCGGAAAGCCAUUGGCCUCUGCUGACAAGAACGGGAUUGUUUGUACUUGGACUUGAUCAGCCAUUUGUAAAAUGUGUAAAUAUCGUAGAUUGGCAGCCAAGUUGGUUUAUUCUGAGCCAUUAUUUAGCUAACCGGGCCUGGAGCAUGAAACAAAGUUACUACUCACUCUAGUAAAGUUUCAUACGUGACAGACAUUGCCAAUUAAUUUCUAGAGGAUAGGCACAACCUGGGUGCAAGUUGACUAUCAUUCUCAGAAGGGAAGUAUUGAGAAGUCAUUACAAUCUAUAUUUCAAGGCUUUCUAUAUGAUUUUCUACGUGAUAAAAGAAAGAUUUUGUGGUUCUUGAUUAGUAGAAUGUCCAUUGGAUUUCUUUAUGAUACUCGCUUUUAUUAUUAUUUGUCUAUGUUAUUUAAUUCUUGAUAUUUUAUAUUGGUAACUGGUUGUAGGAUAUAAAGCAUUGGGCAAAGUACUGUGAAUCUUAUUUAAAGGUUCCUCAUUGUCACAGCUGUGCAAGUGUUGUUGAUUACUGGACCAAGUAUGUCCUGAGGUUUCCGCAUUAUCCCUUUUAAUUGUUUAUUGUUGAGCACUGACUUCCCUAAAAGGUUUCUAGCAGCCCCCCAAUGUUAUUCUGAUUAUCUCACUUUCCCUUGUUGAAAGCUAUGGGUAUUUGGAUAUCCGGGCAGAAGAGAAUUGCUACAAAAGUUAUCCUUUCCAGGAGAUCCUCAUUCUUCUUUCUAGUGAUUUCUUCAUUCUUCCUGCAUGUUGCUUUGAAUGUUACUUUUCUUCACCUUUUUAGUGCAUUUCUAGGGCUUACCAUCUAAACUUUACUUGCUAUAUUUGAGUCUCUGUAAUACCCUUUGUUAACAAUCCUCC